AUGUCUCACUCAACAGAGAAUCUAUCCCAGAGCCAGCCACCUCCACACUAUACAGUCGAUGACAUUACUCGACAAGAUCAACAAGCUCAGUGCGUCUCCUGCCGCACAGAGCCCCGAAUUAUUGGUAAUAUGGAUAGAAAUAUAAUACCAAUGUUUUACAGACUCUACAGUGAAAGGAGUUCGGUUUACAAUGCUUCGGUAUUCAUAGCCGGUGACGUUGGUGUUGGUAAAUCUUGUUUAAUGUCUAGUUAUAACGGUAUCAAAUCAGUCACUACCCCUGAUUUUUUCAACGGCAAUGAAUGUUACAUAAAGAUGAGAGGACUCUAUGAUGUGCCAUUUCUUUUGAAGAUACUGCAUGUAGGUGGAUUUGUGGAGGGCCUUGCUCUGAGAGACAUGCUUCCUAUUCCAGAUGAUAUUAUUUUACUAUGCUUUGCAAUGGAUAACCCUAUCAGUUUGUUUAAUGCUAGAGAUAAAUGGGCUCCCAAAUUGAAACACCACAUGUAUUCACGGAAAGUGCCCAUUAUAUUAGUAGGUACUAAAUGUGAUGUUGGAGAGAGCUUUAUAAAACCCGGGCUUGCAGAAAUGGUUGCUAAGGAAAUUGGUGCAAUUUCUUACAUCAAAUGUUCUGCUAAAGAAAACUAUGAUGUCUUGACUGUUUUCAAUCUUGCCCUUCAUCAUUUACACAUAGAAUGGCGUAGUGGUUUGGCCAAAGUAUUUGAGAAAAGCCUUUUGCCAUAUGUAUUUGAGGAACAAGCUGGGAAAACAAGUGCCACUUUGUUUGGAGACAGUGAAAAGAGUGAGGAAGCACCACCGUACUCAGAAGUUGCAACUGGUGAAACCGCCACAAAGAGGUACCAGAGUAAACCAACUUUCGAUGCAGAAAAGAAAAAAUAA